AUGGCAUAUUUGAAUCUGGAGACGGGAUAUACCGCCGCCUUUGCUUUCUUUGAGGCACUCUGGGAGGCCGGCGUGCAGUAUGUCUUCGCCAAUCUGGGUACCGACCACCCGGCGAUCCUGGAGGCCAUGGUGCGUGGCCAGAAUCUGCGUAAGGACCAGUGGCCCACCGUGAUCACCUGUCCCAACGAGAUGGUUGCACUUUCUAUGGCCGAUGGUUACGCUCGUCUGACUGGUAAACCGCAAUGUGUCAUUGUCCACGUCGAUGUUGGGACACAAGGGCUGGCUGCUGCUGUCCACAAUGCUUCGUGCGGCAGAGCCCCUGUCCUGAUAUUUGCUGGCCUGUCGCCGUAUACCCUGGAAGGGGAAAUGCGGGGCUCGCGAACAGAGUAUAUUCAUUGGAUUCAGGAUGUUCCCGAUCAGAAACAGAUUAUCUCGCAGUACUGCCGGUACACCGGUGAGAUCAAGACUGGUAAAAAUGUCAAACAGGUAGUAAACCGGGCUUUGCAGUGGGCGAUGAGCGACCCGAAAGGUCCUGCCUACUUGGUGGGAGCUAGGGAAGUUAUGGAGGAGGAGAUCGAGCCGUAUAAACUUGACCAGAGAAAAUGGGUGCCUGUCACAGGAGCAGCUCUGCCAGCUAACGCAGUUGAGCUGAUUGCUAACGAGCUUGUCAACGCAAAGGAGCCCCUUGUGAUUGUCGGGUACAAUGGGCGGGAUGCCGAGUCGGUAAAUGCGUUAGUGACGCUCGCCAACACCGUCAAGGGUCUGCGUGUGCUUGACACUGCGGGAUCCGAAAUGAGUUUCCCUGCUAAUCAUCCCGCCUGGCUGGGCUUGCGGUUUGGUAACCAUGAGGCCGUCAAUACUGCUGAUUUCAUUCUUGUUGUUGAUUGUGAUGUGCCGUGGAUUCCAACCGUAUGCAAGCCGAAGGAUUCCACCAAGGUCAUCCACUUGGACGUUGACCCAUUGAAACGCCAAAUACCGAUGUUUUACUUGUGGUCCAUUGCCACCUACAAGGUCGACUCCACCACUGCUUUCAAGCAAAUAAAGGAAUAUAUAACUUCUAACACAACCUUGACUCAAACCCUGAACGGAGACGAAGCCAAUGCCCGUCAGAAGCGUGUUGAGGAAGGUUACCGACAAAACCUGAAAGCUAUCGCAGAUUCAGCCAUUGUCCCCGCUGGCGGAGAUGAUGCUUAUUUGAAUGGAAACUACCUCAUGGCCCAGCUCCGCAAAGCUGCGCCGGAAGACACCAUAUGGGCUAUUGAAGCCGUCACACUUACUGUUGCUGUUGCAGACCAGCUCCAAUGCAGCCUACCGAAUUCAUGGAUUAACUGUGGUGGUGGCGGUCUGGGGUGGUCUGGCGGUGGUGCAUUGGGCAUUAAGCUGGCCACCGACGACCAACAUGGCGGAAAGAAUAAAGGAAAAUUCGUAUGUCAGAUUGUCGGCGACGGCACAUAUCUUUUCUGUAUUCCUGGCUCAGUGUAUUGGAUUGCUCGCCGAUACAACAUUCCCAUUUUGACCAUCGUCAUCAACAACAAGGGCUGGAAUGCUCCUCGACGGAGCCUGCUUCUUGUACAUCCAGACGGUGAGGGUUCGAAAGUGUCUAACGAGGAUCUGAACAUUUCAUUUGUGCCAUCGCCUGACUACCCUGGGAUUGCAAAAGCUGCGGCAGGAGGACAACUAUGGGCUGGCCGUGCUAGCACAGUCAAGGAGCUUUCCGAACAAUUACCUCGCGCUAUCCAGAGCGUUUUGUCGGGAACGUCUGCUGUCUUGGAGGCACAGCUAGAUGGGACUGAUGGAAAGUACGUGGAGGGGAAGUAG